UUUACACUGUGUCCCUGCUAGUCAGUGGGCUGUCGGGGGGAAGACGCGCUGAAAAAAUAAAUUAGCUUAAACAAAUUCCCACAAGUAAAAAAAUAUAUAAAUUUCCAGAUAUUUAAAAAAGGUGGACUUUAGUGAAACGUUGAAAUUCUAUACAGGAAAGCGCCACUUUAAAAAACAAGAAGAUGAAUGGGACACUGGACCAUCCAGACCAGCCCGACAUUGACUCUAUAAAAAUGUUUGUGGGUCAGAUCCCUCGUUCCUGGUCAGAAGAGCAGCUGCGGGAGCUCUUCGAGCCUUACGGUGCGGUCUAUGAAAUCAACAUACUCCGAGACAGGAGUCAGAAUCCCCCACAAAGCAAAGGUUGUUGUUUCAUCACAUAUUACACACGCAAAUCAGCACUAGAAGCACAAAAUGCCCUUCACAAUAUGAAAAUUCUUCCAGGGAUGCAUCAUCCCAUUCAGAUGAAGCCAGCAGACAGUGAGAAGAACAACUCGGUAGAAGACCGAAAGCUGUUUAUCGGGAUGAUCUCUAAGAAAUGCAACGAGAACGACAUUCGGCUCAUGUUCUCGCCCUACGGCCAGAUCGAGGAGUGUCGCAUUCUCAGAGGACCGGAUGGACUGAGCCGCGGUUGUGCCUUCAUCACAUUCACAGCCAGACAGAUGGCACAGUCUGCCAUUAAAUCCAUGCACCAAUCACAGACCAUGGAGGUGGAUGAUCAGGGUUGUUCAUCCCCGAUCGUGGUGAAGUUUGCAGACACACAGAAGGAUAAGGAACAGAAGCGCAUGGCCCAGCAGCUGCAACAGCAGAUGCAGCAACUUAAUGCUGCCUCCAUGUGGGGAAAUUUAACUGGCCUCAACUCGCUAGGCCCACAGUACCUCGCACUUUAUUUGCAGCUCCUGCAGCAAUCCACAUCCUCGGGGAACGCUCUCAACAAUCUCCACCCCAUGUCAGGUCUGAAUGCCAUGCAGAAUCUGGCUGCAUUGGCAGCAGCAGCGAGUGCCACUCAGGCAACUCCGAGUGGCAGCAGUGCACUGACCACGUCCAGCUCGCCGCUCAGUGCGCUUACUAGCUCAGGUACUGCCUCCGGACAACAGACGCUUUCUGCCUGGGAUAGCUGCAAGGCAGGUUCCUCUCCCAGUUCAAGUACUAAUUCUUCUGUGAAUCCCAUGGCUUCUCUGGGUGCACUACAGUCUCUGGCUGCAGGUGCCGGUGCUGGUCUCAACAUGAGUUCACUAGCAGGCAUGGCUGCGUUAAACGGUGGCCUGGGCAACGGAGGUCUAUCUAAUGGUUCUGGCAGCACUAUGGAUGCCUUGACACAGGCAGCUUACUCUGGGAUCCAGCAGUACGCAGCCGCAGCCUUGCCCAGUCUUUAUAACCAGAGCCUACUUUCUCAGCAGAGCAUCAGUGCUGCUGGCAGUCAAAAAGAAGGUCCAGAAGGUGCAAAUCUUUUCAUUUAUCACUUGCCACAGGAGUUUGGUGACCAGGACUUGCUUCAGAUGUUCAUGCCUUUUGGCAGCGUUAUCUCUGCCAAGGUGUUCAUAGACAAACAGACUAACCUCAGCAAAUGUUUUGGCUUUGUGAGUUACGACAAUCCCGUUUCAUCCCAGGCGGCCAUUCAGUCAAUGAACGGUUUUCAGAUCGGAAUGAAACGACUGAAGGUUCAACUAAAACGAUCCAAAAAUGACAGCAAGCCAUAUUGAGUGCUUUUACUCUAAAAUGGACUUGGUUUGAAAAUGUGUCCCCGAUAUCUUCGUGCCCGUUUGUUCAUCGUUUCCCCCUAGCAUGUCGAUGUGACGUCAAAAGUUCAUCGUCCAGUCCGUUGUCCUCUUCGCUUCUCUGACGCUUGAAAUUUUUCCACCCUUGACCUUUUUUUUUGUGUGUUAACUUCAGUGUGGUUACUUAUUUUGUUUGUGUUUUGUGUGGUGUUCAUUUCUGUUUGUGCUGCCAAUAGGGGGCGCUAGAAAGACUGCUGUUACUUAUUAACUAAAAUAAAAAAAAAAUGUAAAGUUUCUUGUUCAGAACAGAGUCUAUUUUUGUAGAACUUGCGAACAUAACCACUAGCAAACGUUUUUAAUUUUCAGUGUUUCGUUACCCAGUUCGAUCGUUUUUUUGUUUCGUGAAAUGAAUUUUAUUUUUGCAUUGUUUUAGAGCAGUCUUUCUAGUGCACUCGUUUUUACUCUUUUUGUUUCCUCUAAAAGCAGCCAAUCCAUUUAUAGAAUCACUUUGUGUGUGUGUGUGUGUGUUGGGUGUGUUUUCCUCUUUUUCUCACUUGUACACUCUUUUCUUUUUUUUUUUUUUUUUUUUUUUUUUUUUAAAUUCACAUUUUGCUGAAACUGAGGAUAACCUUGUUAUUGUGCUAGGGUUUAGUUGGCAUGAUAUAUAUUUUUUCCGUUUUGUUUUUGAUGGCAUAAUUUUUUGGGAGUUCUUUAACAGUGUGACGUUAUGAUAGACACUUGAAUUGCUUUUUCUUCUUUUCGUUUUUCCCCUGUUUAGCGUGUCAGGAUAUCAUAGGCACAUGCUUUUUUUUUUUAUUGUGUGAAAAUCAGGAUUAGUCUGAAAUAAAUUAAAAAUAAGCAUAAAAUGAGCGAAAUUAAGUUGUCAGUUAGUAUAUGAGUGUGCGUUUCUUUUAUUUUUUUGUAACUGCACUGACAUCCUCAGCAAAAUGUGAUUUAGUUGUGUUGAAACAAAAAAGAAAAUAAUUAUACAUAUAUAUCUAUAAAAAAAGAAUAAAAUGGUGCCAAAAGUUUUGCAUGUUGCUGUUGGUCACAUUUUAUGUAUUUUUCAUGUCUCCUGGUCCCACUUUUAAAUAAUUAAUUUUAAAUUUAGUUAUAACCACGUGUUAAAAGUGGAUUUUAUUAUUUUUUUAAAGGUAUUUGUAAUGAAGAUUUCUUGUAUUAAGCACGGGCCAGAAAUCCUUCUUUUUUGAAAAGUUUGUGGCAUGUUGAACGGUCCUGAGUUUUCUGAUCAAUCUGUUUAAGUUUUGGGUUUGUUGUCCUCAGUCGUAGCCACAGCGCCGUCUUGUAGUCCGUCUGUCUUUAACUUUUUUCCCCCUGGUAAUAAGGCUUCCCUCUUAAAAUAAAAUUUCCACGCUUUAAAUUGCCCUUUUUUUUUUUUUUAAAGGAUUUGGCAACCUGGUUUUAUUUCAACAGUUGAUUGCUAGCGCACAAAAAAAAAAAAACUUUUUUUGGCAAAUUGGGUUUAACGCUGCAAUUUUUUGGCAUUUUAUAUCUAGAUUUUAAAGCUGCUGUUUGUUUCAGUGUACUCUGAAAAAUGACCUGUGGGAUGUUUGUCAUUAUAUUGAUACAGAGUGAUUGUAUUUAAUAGUAAGAAAAUUGUACAGUUUUUGCCUUUUUCUACUUCCACGUUGUUUCGCAAUGUGAAUGAGAUCCGUGGAGAAGUGUAGAACUCACCACCACCAUUGCUACGACCAAACAUGCGUCUAAACUCGAUUCAGUGAUGAAGCAGCCUUCAGUCGAAUUUUUUUUUUUUUUUUUUUAUGGUUUUCACUGGAAUUGUAGACUGAGGAGACGAAUAGAUGUCUUUAGUGGAGUGUUAUUUCUAAAUGUUUUUUUUUUGUUUUUUUUUGAGGUUUUAUUUAAAUUGUGAUGGAAGUUCAACAUUGAUUUUCUUUUUUCCAUGCUACUGUCUGCGCAGAGGUAUAGCGACGUGCGUACACCACCACAGUAAUUUUUGUAGUUUCCUUUGGUCGGGUUGUUUUUUGUCUGAUUAAAACUGAAAAGAUUCA